GCGAGCCAAGACGAAAAGAGGAGGUGCCGUGUUUGCGUCCCAGUCGCGGGUUCUACUACGGUGGAGGAGUACGAGGUCUUGGACGAAACAGACACGUGAAUAGAACUUGACUUGAUUGAAUAGCUUAGUGUAUAUCAUAUAUUUGUUAUUUUUCGUGCAAUUAGCUCAACUGUUUGUAUUAGUUAAAUAGAAAAGUGAGUGAUUGUAUUAACAAUAUAUUACGAUUUAUAACCAAAGCAAAUUAGUCAUACGCAACAACAGCAAGAAGUAAAUAGUUAUUUGCAACCACAAAAUUGAUAGCAAGUGGUACGCUGCGGGUCGAGAUAUGUGAGAGCGGUGCCCCGUAAAAGCUCCGAUUGAAUUCCACAUGGGACAAUCAUGGAGUGAUUACCAGCCAGGGGAGUGAGUGGACGACUAGACCGACGGACAACACGGCGAAUGAUGUGCGACAGGAAGUGACGAAUUGAGACAAUGACGCCAGACACCGCGGGCUGUUGAGGAGUUACCAUCGCGCGCCUGCUGGUGAAAAGGGUAUUUCACCGAGUGGCAUUGCCCCGCCGCGGGACUGGCACCAGCACGAGAGGCAUCCGCGACUCAUUAUCUCCCCACUCACGUGACCGCCAAGAUGAUGCUGAGCAAAGAUCUUCAGGAGAUCUUGGAAGGUGUCCACUACUUUCUGAGCGAGUCGCUGACGGGGGAGCCCUUGAGCGGGAAGCUAGAAUGUCUCCGAAGGGGCUUGGUGAUGCAGCUGGAGGCCCUGGCGCUCUCCUACCCGACCCUCAGGAUCCGUGCCCGGUCCUCCGCCUCGCUGCCCUACCUCGCCAUGGACGGUCAGAACCGCAGCGAGAGCAUGAGCAGCGGGAGCAGCGGUACAAGGGGAUGGAAUGGUGCUGGGGCGGGGGGGAGGGGACACCCUCGACCCCCGCCACCCAAGUCAGCAGCAGCAGAUCCAGGAUGAGGAGUAUGAGGACUUCCAAGAAAAUAACAAGGACGACAUCGCCUCCGUGAACGACACAACUUCGCUGCAGGACCAAUCCAGGGACGACGCAGACGACAGGGAGGAUGUAGACGACGUGUACAUGGAAAGCGUGGAGGCCGUGUCCUUUAGCAAUGUCAUAGCUACGUGUGAUAAGCAUGGCGUCCUCAGCAAGAAGACGAAGGGCCUCCUCAGGAACCUCAAGACCUACCACUGCGUCGCCUCCUCCGGCAUGCUUUACCUCUUCCUCAAGGAGACCGAUGAGAGACAGCGGAAGGUAUACGAAGAAGUAGGGCCCGAGGGCUUGGCAGGACGGGUCUUGGCAGCGGGGCAGAGCCAGACUCUUCCGGCGCGCACUCAGCCUCCGCCGUCCUGGGUAAUGGACCCACCUGACUACGACCCAGUCAGUCCCGACGAUUCCCCGCCGCCCUUGCCCGAAGGACCCCCGCCCCUCUCAGCCAGACGACCUCCUGGCAGACCACCUCUUCCCGCCUUCCUACAGGACCGCGUCAACAAGCAAGCGUCAAGACCCCUGCCGGACGCCCCUUCGGAGACCACCGAGGGCGCCGAGGAUCCCAUCGGUAUUUACUGUGAGAUCGAGGACGACAUGCUGGAGGCCGGGAGGGAGAGCUACGAGCAGAGGCUGGCCGAGGAAAACGAGAAGAACUGGAACCUAACGAGCAACGCCAACAAGCCCCGGGCCGUGUCCUCCGAAGGCGUGCCGAGCGACCUGCAGUCUCUGAGCAGCAGGAUGUCCUCGAACUCCCUCGUUGGCUCUUUGAGUGACGAGAUUUUCAUGAACAUAUCCGAAAAUAGUUCCGCGCACGCCCUUCCGCAUAAGUUUUCCCUCAGAUCAUCCACUCCGAAGACCCCACCGAAGCUGCCGCCAAAGGGCAUUCCGUACCCGCAGGCGACAGAUGACGACUCGGAGUACAAGGUGCCCACAUCGGCCAUUGCGGACACGGAAUAUCAGAUUCCAAGCUCGAACCCGGUGCCCACUAAUACCGAUGACGCAAGAGAAAGAAAUUCCGUGGGCGAGAUUUCGGCUCCCUUGCCCAUGCAGACAUACCAGGUACCUCCAUCACAGGCACUCGUCCCCAUCAAACCAAAAUGCAACGACAGAAAGAAUUCAGUCGUGGAGGAAGAAACAAAGCCGCUGACAUCUUUCUUCAGCGGCAAGGAGGACACGAAUCCCAAGAACAACCUUAAGGCCCUGACGAGGCGGUUUGAGAUGAAGAGCAACUCGCUGCCCGGAGAGGACGGCAAGGAAGAGAAGAGGGCCCCCAACCAGGGCACUUCGGUGAAGGACAUGAUCGCGCGAAUCAACCAGAAUAAGAGUCAGGUCGAGAUGGACAUCAAGUCUAAAACCCGCGAGGAGCCCGUGCGGCCGCUGAGUUCGUCGAAGAGUGCGAGCGCCGUGUUCCAGGUGACCCCCCAGUCCCAGGAGGCCGCACCCCCGGCGGCGGAACCGGAAUCAAGGUUCGCCAAGCCGGCGCUGCCGCCGCGGCCACACAACCUCGCCAACGGGGCAACGAUAGUCGUAAAGCCAAGAGCAAAUGAAGACAACAGGAACUGUGACUCGGCCUCGAGGAGCGCCUCGGACGACGAUUACUACGAGACGCCAGACGACAGCAGCUUAGAGAGCGCCUCGCAGAGAAAUUCCCAAGAUAUAGCAAAGGAUUCCUUCGGCUCCAGCGACACAUCCAGUGGAGAAUACUACGUCGCGAAGUUUGCCUUCGUCGCCACCAUCGACCAGGCCCUGAGCUUCAACCGCGGAGACACCAUCUUGGUCCACGACACGACAAGCAGCACUGGGUGGUGGAGAGCAACACUCAAGGGACGCACCGGCCUCGUGCCCAGGGAGUACCUCAAGAAAAAGGAACAGUGAAUCAAAUUCCAAUUCUAAAAGACAGUGUCUCUCUCGUAUAUUUUACAUUAAGUUGGUGUUAAGAUAUGAUUGAUAGAGAGAUAACUGGCCGUUUUGUUAUGUCACUGUCACAGCUGGUCUGGUGUAUUCAUACAGUACAAAACAGAAAAUGAUGGCAAGAUGUUCGUAUGAGUUCAUAAAGAAAUAUGAAAGUGUAUGUUGUCAGUUACACACCAUGUGAAAAGUGUGAAAGGAUUUCUGUAUAGAGUAUGAUUUGCUCUCUCAGUAAGCUAAGUUCCAAGGUGCCUUACAGAUACUGUAUCUAAAAGCUGAAAAAGUUCUGGUAACAAGGUGCAGUGCAGAGAAUGUCAUGUACAUAGAAGUGGUGAGACUGUGCAUGUGGUUUUAAUUAUUAUGCAUACAUCUAUUAUCUCAUGCUGUGCUUUUCUACAAUGAAUAAUAUUUAUUCAGGCAU